AUGAUCAGUCGAAUCUCUGCAUUCAGAGAAAAGGAUGAGACUCAGACUCAUCUCUUAUCCGGACACACAUUAACCGCUGGCCCAGUGUCAUUACCCCAUGCAUUACUCUUCAUGCAACAGUUGGAUGUGCAGCUGAUCCUUCCAAAGAACCCCUCAAAGGACAUGCUCUCUGGUGCUAUUAUUCUCCCUUCGAUUGGUGUUGCAAUUCUAGGAACCGUCCUUACUACCCUUGGAUCAGGAGCGACAGUUGUGGCGCCCUCUCACGGAAGGAAGAAGAAUGGACACCGUGGGAAGAAAUCUCAGCGAAGUACCGAUCCGGAGAUGCCUCAACCUGAAGAUACAUCAACGACUACCUGA